CUCGCCCAAGUUCUUCGCGAUCCUGAUCUGCCUUCGAUCCAUAUUCUAGUCACGAGUCGCUCGGAAGCACAUAUUUUUGAAGCUAUGCAGAACGCAGAUGUGCGACCAUUGCUGUGCGAGAUACCAGUGAAGAUUUCUGGGGAGGGUGUUACUCCUAUCAUCUCGCUAGAUGGCGCAGAUGUUGAUGAAGAUAUCUAUCGUUUCUUGGAGCAUUCGUUCAGGAAGCUGCAAAAUCGCUCUCCCACCUUCCCGCAACCAACGCAGGAUCAAAUUGAGAAGCUGGCGAUCCGAGCGGGCAGACGUUUCAUUGUGGCGUCUACAAUGAUGAAGUUUAUUGACGAUCGAAACAACGAUCCCCGUGACCGGCUUCACCUCAUGCUUGAGCUAACAAGUGAACUGUUACCAGGAACGGAGGUGUACGAGUUAUAUGACCGCAUCCUCUCCACAUGCGCUGAUCCGAAGCUGGCAUACCUACACUUGUCCGUUGUUGCUGCCCUUACAGAUCCGCUACCGAUCUCACAAAUCUCGGAACUUCUUGGCCCUGGUCAGGGCAGGGAUGUUGAGAAAGUGUUGGUGCAACUGCGCUCUGUCAUAGAUGUUCCUCCCAACAGCAGUCUCCCCGUGAAUAUCUAUCACUCGUCUGUUCGUGAUUAUGUUUCCCAUCGCUCAAACUGCAGUCUCUAUAUCACUUCACCUCACUCCCUACUCACACAUUCUUCUCUCCGCAUGAUG